AUGCCGCGAGGAAAGUCUAAACGUGGGCGAAAACCUGGCAUUUUCGCUUCUUCUACAGCGGACUCGACAACAAACCAGUAUGGAGAUUCUGAAGUGAGCUGUUCUCUAGUUACGUUUCCAGUUUGCUUCUGUUUUUCAUCCAGUUAAUCUGCCCCCUUAAAGCCGUAUUAUAACAAAACAGCCCUUUGGAUCCUAAGCACUUUCAAAAUGUGAUAACUUCAACUUACAAAAUGGUCUUCUAUCGAUCUCUGGAAUUACUUAUUGCAUAAAUGAGAAAUGUCUUCAUGUAAAAUCUCAUUAGCACAAUUUGAGGAGAUUUUUUUUCACACUGAGUGUUUUCAUACACCAACGUAUCUUGACCUCUUAUCAGAAUCAGUUAAAUGGAGUCGUCUUUGAUAUCUUGUAAGAAUCGUCUUGGCGUUCUCGUGACCUGCACACUACCUCUCAUCGGUUUAGCUCAGUAGAAAUUAAUACUUUAGUGUCUUGCCACACUCCUGAUCCAAUGAAGUUUUUAUUACACUGGUUUCGGGUUUUGGUGCCUUUUUUGGAGGUUAAAACAGUCUAUGGAGGACAAAUUGAGUUUGAUCUUCUCAAAUAAGUGCAGGGGAGAAGUGCUGAGGGUCUGCAAUGCAGCAUAUUUCAGAUGGCUCUCAGAACACUAGGUGUGUAUUCCGGAAAUAAUUUCAUCCUUAGGAGUUUAGCGCUAUUCACUGACUAAUUAACUUUUUUGAUGGGAUUCACACUUUCAGCCUAUAAACAUUGGACGACGAAACACCUACCGCUCCUGCGUUGGUAGCCAUGAUUAUCUUAUAUUACUUCCUCUUUGUUUUCAUUGGCCUAGCGCAAAUUUAAUGGGCUCCAAAGUACAGCCAAAUUAUACCCUAUGUCACCGUUCCGGCCAGUUUUCUACCGCUCGACUUUGCACCAAAAAUACUCUUAGCUUAUUCUUUUUUUGCAAUUUUGGUCAGUAACGUCUGUGUUUCUGCUGAAAACCCUGUUUCUAGACGAAGGGAAUUCCCCAAACUGCCAACGUUGAGUCGAGUAGUGAUCCAAUGGAAGAUAUCGACGACCAGGCUAGAAGGCCAGAGGAAUCGUCAAAGGUAGAAGAGGAAAAGACAACUCCGGCUUCCGCCGCAGAAGAUGAAACUGAGGAAGAAGUCCGGCCUCCUUGCAGGCGCCUUACUGAGGGCGAAAUUGACGUCGACGACGCCGAGAGUGAGAGCAGUGAUACUGAGGACGAGGCACUGGCGCCAGGAGAGACAAGAUCGUCUGCACUUCCAGCCGAGAGAGCUGCAGAGGACUGUCGUCUCUCGGCCAAGCAGAUCACAACUGAGGAGUUUGCACUCUUCCCUUUUCUCCAGACAGCCAGUCGCCCUCUCCGAGAAGCUUUUUUGGUUGCUCGAAACUCCGCGGUAGGACAUGCCUUUUAGCUAUGCAAACAAUGCACUGACAAUUGUAAAAGUAUGCUUACGAAUCUUAUUUUCGUUAUUUAGUGUCUUCUGUGGGUCGAAGACCCGACUACGCAGGUCACAUCUGACCGACUUGUGGGCUUCUUGGUUACAAGCCUGAACACAGAUGGUAUGCGUGUAAUGUAUGAAGCCGGAUUGACUGCGCCUCUCUUGACCAAAUCCGCAUCGACGGUUUCUGUGGGAACAGCGGCUCCAACAAACGGAACCCGUUCAUUUACUCCGCCCGCCAACUGGUCUCCUUGGUCGACUCAAACAUCCCGUUUAAAUUUAGAACGCCUUGCCUACCUGGCUGUCCUAUUUCUGGAAAGGCAUGUCCCUUUUCCCCCAUAUAACUUUCUCAUCCUACAAAAUCAGGGAUAUUUUUACAAAAAUCAAGAAACUCUUGAUAUUUAUGAGUAACGUUCACCUGAACCAAAUUUGUCAUGGCGCCCAUCCCUACCACUUGGCAGGAUAGGAUCAAGAAACCAAAAUGGUGGUCCGCAAACAUUCCCCGUUUUUCCUUGACCAUCCACUGCUUGAAAUAUUCCGUCGCGCACUAAGAUCCGGACACCUUCACUAGUCGAUAAUUUCCGGUCUAACUAGUCAAAUAUGUAUUUGGCAUAUUUUUGCUUCGACGCUCUUAACUUCGUCUCCGGCUCAUCCUCGUUUUCGACUAUUACACAACCGAUUCCGAUUUGUCCUCAGUUUGUGGAUUCUCUAUGAUAACUUUGGUGAACAUUCAUACCGAUUGUUUAAGGUCUCGUCCAAAUUUUAAAAUGAAAACUUCUGUCAGAAUUCCCACUAUCACAGCUUUUCGAAAAUUAAAAUGCCCCUCCUCUCCUCCCAUCUCUUCUCCUUGUCUUGUAAUUAUAGUUAUUUAUUAUACUGUAUGCAAGCGAUCUUUUGCAUAGGAUUAUCCAAUUUUCACGUUGACUUAAUAUAAUUCCGAAGGACCACUAAGCUAAGCGGUACGGUAAAUCGCCACAACCAUGAAACACUUUCGGGAAGGCAACCUUCCCCAAUUUCAUGCUUUACAAUCUCCUCUGAAUGAAGGCUCUUUUCUGUUACCCUCAUACACACAGGUUUGGCUACAUCAACUACGGCAUAUUUAAGCUUCUCUCGCCUCCGCUCACACGAUUCACACCAGGUAACAAAUUUGGAGUUGGGAUUACCGGUGCAGCCGACUCCUCUCUAUCUCCCCUACGCAGAACCGGCACACCGGCGUCUGCUCGUCGCAGCCUCACUAUGAGUCCCGAGAAACAAACGACCUGUGCCACUGCCAGCUCUGCCGGUCCUCCUUUUAGGGUCAUCGUUUGCGGAGCCGGAGCUGCGGGCCUCAUGGCCGCCAGGCAGCUCACCUACUUUGGCGCAAAAGUGACCAUUCUGGAGUCUCGGGUGCGUUCAGUCAUUUUCUGAUAUCUCCCUUCCACCGCAAGUCUUAGCGAUUUCUGAGGCUGCUUCCUUUUGGUCGGGGUACUGAAAUUUAGAAAACCAACUUACUAAAACAUGCCUUAUGUCUGCCAGCAUUUGGGACAAAAGGUUUUUAGCCUGCCCGAAUCCGGGUUUUUGAAGCUAUAACUUGUCGAUUGCAAAUUCCGAAGGCGGUAAUACUACGUAAGUGGUAUUUUGGCGACCAAAAAACCCGCUUUGACCGGAAGUUACUAUUCGUUAACAAAGCCAGGACAUGUGUUUUGGGCCACAAUUGAAAAAGUUAAAAGGCACCAGCCCCAAAGGCUGCGUUAUCGAUGUCUUCGUCCCAAAGCGGUCCCUUGUAGUCACUAAGUCCCUAAAAUUAAUCACCAGAUAUUGCCAGACCUAGCAAGCCAACCUCCGACACAAGUCAGAGCCACACGUUACCAGGAGGGGAGAAGUUAUUUAUGCAAACUUCAAUACAGGUAUUAGAUAAAGCGGGGCCGUCUAUUUCUUUUCCGUCUAAAUCAAACAUUAAUGGCGGCAUGUCGUUAGCUUUAAUAACAUCUAGAGAUUUGAAUAAAAAAUUCAGAGCAUUGUGAUUGUUCUCACUUCAAAAAACCUGCCUUUAUAUAAAGUGUAGCUGCUAUAAGACUCUGAAAUAAACGGAACUCAUGUGGUAUCAGGUUGUUCAAUGACGUAUAUUGAAUAAAGGCUUCUCGUGUCGGUUCUCCGCCAAGAAAAGUUGAAGUAGACAAUUGUUUCCCGUAUUCACAGUAUUCAGGCUGGCCCGUGCUGUGAGGGGUUGACGAUGGCUGUAUUCGUCACAUAUUACCGCGCCCAACAGUGAUUUAACUUCCUCUUCUCCAGUACUGCCUGAUGUAAGCAACAGUUCAGCUAAUAGUACGUGCACCAAUCAGGACAAGACUGAUUUGCCGUACCGCUUACAUGUAAUGACAGUUUUCGCUAAAAGGAUCCCGAAGGUCCAUGUGGGUUUUUGCCGUUUUUUGCUUAGAGCCAUCAGGUAUUCGGUUUACUCCCUUUGGUGACACAGCAUUUAGAUCUGUUUAAGUAUAUAUGCUCCUGAAUAUCGACGCCGGGAGGCGUUUUCGACACGUAGCACUCCCGUUCAGUCAAUGGCCGAUCUUCUAAAGUAUUAAUCGAAAUUCGGAAAUGCGUUUCCGAUUAGGGAGGAGUAUUUAGGUGAGACUGCAUUACUGAUUGUCGGGCGGAAUAAUACCACGAUAAUUCAUAUUGACCCAACUGUGAAUCACCCGGCGCCUCGGUGGGAUUCGAAUCCACGCAGUAAGGGGAAGGCUUUAGUACAGCCAACGCUCAAACCACUUGAGCUACGAGGCCCCGCCGGACGACGCGAGUUUAAUCACAUUUGGGUCAAGUUACCCGCCCAACCUGCUGUAACGUCUGGAAUCCACCAAAUCUGAUACAGUAAGUUGACUGCCCAGGCAGGAUUUCCUAAGCAAUUCACCUAGAAUCCACCAGAUGACCACCAGGCUUACGUAAUUCAUAGAUGUUUUGGCAGAUUUUGAAUAAUUCAUCGCGUCAUCGGGCAAGGCCUCGUAGCUCAAGGGGUUAGAGCGUUGGCUGUACUAAAGCCUUCCCCUUACUGCAUGAUUUCGAAUCCCACCGAGGCGCCGAGGUUUUCACAGUUGAGUCACUAUGUCUUUUGAAUGCAAUUCUUUUCGCCUGGCUGCAAAAACUCCACUCGUUACACAGUGGCUACUUAGGAAGUAUGCAUUUCCCCACCAACUUUAGAUGCCCUUUAAAUUCAAAUAAUUUUCAUGGAAAACAAACACCAAAAUAUUCUUUUUCGUGCUUAUUUGUUGGAAAAUCGCGUCUUCAUUAAAUUUUAUACUCAAAUAAUGGGUGUCUUUCGUUUUUUCAAAAACGUUUCUUGUGCCAUUUUUUACGACCGUGCAGUGCCCAUUCAAAAAGCAUCGUAUCCACCCGUUCACUAAUGUUUCUUAUGAAGCAUACAACAUCCAUUGUAAUGACCCAAAGGAAUGCAUGAUUUCCCUUACACGGAAAGUAUACACCGUGUAGACUGAAAACCCUGACGGAAAUACAACGGCAGACCGUGCUUAAAAUUAUUCGCGAGUUGAAUAACUUUUUGAAAACCUGAAUAUAUCCUUUCUUUGAGUACAAAUCUUAAGGAGCUGAUUUUCUGCCAAGUGAGUACAGAAAAUAAUAUUUUUUUACAUGUUUUCCGUAAAAUAUUGUUGCAUUUGUAAUGGCAUCAAAACUAAAUGGGAAAAUGCAUACCAUCUAAGUAGUCACUUUUUACCGAGUGGAGUUUUUGUAGACGGCCGAAAAGACGUGCAUUCAAAAGACAACAUCCCGACGUGUCUGGGCUUAUGCUGCAAUAUUACAACCCCACCUAAGCAGUCCUUUCUAGUUGGAAGCGCAUUUCAGAAUUUCGGUUGACAUCUCAUGAGAUCGUUCACUGACAGCCUAUGGUGGCCAGCUAUGUCGAGGGCCGGUGAAUACUGGAGUUUCUUAGAGCAGCAACCAUCACCAAAACAGUUCAAUCAAAGGGCGCAUGUUGUAUCUGGAGGUCUUUUCAAUUUUAGUAAUAAACCUCUUCCCUGAUGUGAGAUAGACAGAAUUUUCGGAAAUUUCAUUGUCGUAACACGAACUGCUAGUGCGAAGACUCCGUUUAUUGCAAGAACCUGUGCAAAUAGUUCGUAGAUGAUGCUUUUAUUAGCUCGUGUUAACCAAAAUUAUCUGUCCCACGACUAAAUGAAGAAAGACCGUUGGAUUGUCAUGUCGGGACUUUUUUUAUUUGCAUCUACAACUCGCCAUAUUUCAGAGCCGAUGAUGAAUGGCGUAUGAGGUAUCAGCCAACAUCCUCAAUCUAGAAGAAAAGGCUACGUAGCCAACAUCUUUCCUUGUUGGACGCAUAGUGCGUGAUAUAACACAUAAUUUGUGCCUAGAUUUGCGAAACAUCUUUAAUCACUCGAAAACCGACCCAGACGUAUCGACCGAAACCACAAAUUAAUAGUGAACGACUUAAACCGAAACGAAAGCAUAAAAGAAAUAUUUAAAUUAGUGUUGUCUUGUUUAGAAAUAACCAAUUUUGAGAAAAACAGGAAUCCCGAAAACGCCAAAAGUUGUGUCAAAUGCGCAAACUCGGGCUUUAAAAGCACAAAAGGCCUGUCGAUGCAAAUAAUUGGGUGAAUAAAACAGCACUGCUUGAGGUGCAGUUGACUAACUCAAAGAGGAUUUUAUUCGCUUUCGCCGAUAAGGACGUCACAGUGAUAAAAAGUAUUUUUGUUGAUAGGUCGGUCAGUGACUAAGCACGUCGUUUAAUAUGUAUUCCUAAUAAUAUAUUCAAAAGGAUGUGUGCAUCCUUCUUUCCAACAGCGCCUUAAUUCAACAAAUACUUUUUUUGCUGUAACUCGACGGGAAAGUGGGAAAAAAGACGGCACUCCGUCGGCUUUGUUUGAUUCUUGUGAAUCACUUUUUGCAGUUCCAAGGAGGCUCCCUCUUUCUGUCAGCGUAUUUAACUACCCACCGUUUUCCUUAUCUAUGGCCUGUUAACUUCUAUCUGCAGAUCUCAUCUAUUUUCCCCGUAAACCAAAACUCGACAGGGUGUAUGACUUCAGUAAUCUAAGUGUAGCGUUUUUAACCCACCAGCCAAAGUCGAUAAAGGUCAAUGCAACAUGGUAGGAGGCUGAAUGUCCAACACUUAUUUUAGUACACCGUUUGUUGACUCAGCUGUCUGCCUUUUGGUAAUAACAGGAUUCUCAAAACCUGCCAACAGGAUCAAACGUAUUUCUUUUAUCACAUUUCCAGCUUAAUUCAGGUGUGGGCUUUUAUUCCUCCCUGUCUACCCCUGAUCUCAAGAAUUUAAGUAUUUCCAUCGUAUGCGACCUUUGGUAACCUUUGAAACGCCGUCUACAAGAAAUACAUGUGCCCCCACCCUCAUACCAGUCCGUUAACCUCACUCACGCGUCAAUUGAAUGCCGACAUGCUCUCCCCCCCCUGAAUCGUCUAUCGUCCUCUCCGCUUCUUGGGGUCUUCACUUUACACUCUUAUUCAGUACAUAAUACAGGAAUUAUUCCCCCGCAUUAGGGACCUAAAUCAAUUAUUUUUGGAGCGGUAGUAGCCAACACAACUGUACGCACUGUCUCGACAGAGCGACUUGACAUUAUGCAUAGUUUAUCAGCCAGAGUACUUUUACUGGCCGACGAUAAAAGAUCGGAAACGCGUUCAGCCAACGUGGCGCACAAACUUGGGAGGUUUGGCUGCACAUAUUUCCCCAUCCGUGCCAUUAUAUCCCAGUUGAGGAAUUUUUCUCGCCUUUCUUGAUUUCUCGCCUUAGUGACUGUCCUAGAGGGCUUGCAGUAAUUGAUCGCACCAUACUGUUCAUGUUCGUCUUAACUAAACAGAUUAGUCAUUAAGCCACACAGGUGUGUGUGUGUGUGUGUGCCGCAGGGCUUUAAUUUCGGAACAAAAAAGUCAGAAAACUCCAACAACAACAAUCAGCAGCACACACACACCCGCAGCGUUCUCCCUUCCUCAUUGUUGCUCUCUACCCCUACUGACUGAUCUUGCGAUCAACUACUGUAAAACCUUUUAGACAGUUACUAAGACAAGGCCUCUUUGGAGGUCACUGUUUUGGAUCAAAGAUUUACCUACAUUUAAAUUGCCCUUUUUAUGUACACCAAGCGAAUUUUAACUAAUCCCAAUCAGUGUCCUGUCCUGCCUGCUGGAGGAAACAGGAAUUGCCGUUUUUCUGGCUAAAGCUGAGGCCUUUCACCCCAUGCAGAAUUGCGAAUAGAAACUGACUCGGGUUCAGAUGUUUAGUCUGCAGCUUAGGUCUGAAAUAUCACUGGUUGGUGCAAAUUUACCAUAAGUAGUCAUUUCAGUAUCGUUGUCGUUGUUGGUAACACCCCAGGGCUAGGAGUCUUGGCUGCCAACUCGACCCUCCUCAACUUUUAUGGUACCCCCUCCCCCCAGACCGACGCGAGCCUCCAGUCGCCCUUAUAGACGCCUGGCACAUGCGGUUGGCAUGACGUGUGUCGCACGUGUAGACGGGCCUUGUCGGCCAAUGCAUACGUGCUCACUUCCGGUCCUUUUGGCAUUGUUUUACCACCGGAGCUUGGUGGGUGAGGGAGGAGAGAGUGCGGUAGAUGCUGCACAAGUCUGCCUGACUAUAAACUAGUUCACGUGCAAGUCCACAAUGCUGCGCCCACUGCGUGGGGCACACGGUGGACAUCAUCGUUCGCGACGGUCGAACUACCGUAGCAGCAGGGCAAUUGGAGCCCGCCUGUAGUCAAAACUCCCAAGAAACCCCAAACCCCGUCCCGUCUUUACUAGCUCCUCAACCUUCUUCUUAAUUUGUCUUUUAUUACCUUUUUUUGUUCAGACAGUUUUUCAAUAGUCCAAGUCAGCCGGUUAAAAACUGUUUACUUCCACACUACUUUUAGGACCGACUGGGCGGCCGAAUUUGGACGCUUAGAAGGGGCGAGAAUGUCGCCGAUUUGGGAGCAAUGAUAAUAACGGGAAUGUGUAAGUUUUCAGUGCACUAACUCCUUGGUAUCCUUGUGUAGCUCACUACCCCCUCCCGGCCAGGACAGGAACCGGCCUGUUUGCUGUCGGUCGCGUCCAUGAGUGGCCCACAGUGAAGACCAUCGGCAAGGCUGUGAUAGUGUCAGCAGGACGCUUUGUAAACAUUAGCUGAGCCCGAUAAGAGCACAAUGCCACGGUUGGCUUUCGCUUUCUCCUGCUUUGCGACCACACUCUGCCCACGCUUGCCGCGAUCCGAUUCCACGACAGAUUUCCUGCGUUCACAAGACCCACGUGUCAAUCGAAAUAAAACCGAGUUCUAUUGGGCCUUUCAGGCAUAAAGUUUGGCCCGCUAAAGAGCCCAGGAUGUCUGAGCGGUUGAAAAUGUCACUUUCAGACACCCAGAUGGUGUCUAUUCAUGGCGCUAAAAGUCAGAAUUUUGCAAUAUAGGAAGCCUCCUGCUGUUUGACUGUGUGCUGGUAAACGGGCCACUCGUUAAAUGCGUUGGAUCAACAGGGGGGAGGGGGCUAGGUCAGAGUCUGGCAGACGUUAUUGCCAAUGCGUACCGUGGCCAGAAAUGACCAUCCCUUGUCUUUGCCGGUCCCGACAAUACGAGUGUCUGUGGGGGCUCCAGACUGAGCUCCAAGAAGACCCUGGACGAGCGUGUUCCCGAUGGGUGAAUGACCCUGUCACCACAGUUAAUAUGCCAAAUCGUAACCGAAAGAGCAUUGGGCACGUGGCUUAAUGGUAGAACCCACUGGCCAGAAGAGUUUCGGUUUGAAUCUCAGAAUAGGGACCCGGUCUGAUGCAGGUAGCCCUGCGCUGAGUCUUAAGACAGAUACCUAUUUCCUUGUCUUAACCCUUAUCUCCCCGGGAAUAUAGCGCAAAGCCACCUGCAGUUGGGAGGGUUGCACCCAAUUUCCGCCUCCUGAACUUUCGUGCAUGCUAUAGGCCAACCACAGGACUGUGACUAACUCUGUUGCGCCAACAUUCGGGGCUGUGAUGGUAGGCCCGGUCGCAGGUUCUCACCGUGCCUAUUUGGGCCCGAGCCGUCCCCGAUCAGGUGUUUGUGCAGGCCAUCGGAAGCCUCUCCCCCUUCCGGUCUUCUUGACUUGAUCAUGACACCGGACCCAGGUGGGGGAGGAGGGAGUGCGGUAGGUGUUUUGCGCAAGUCACCGUCGUUGCCCUUAACCUGCUGUGCAGAACAUCGUCGAAAUCGACGGUCGAACUGUCGAAUAUGUUCAUACAGAAGAGAUCACACACACCAGGCACCUUAUGGUGGCUUGGCGCACUUGACGGACUAUUUGGCCUUGUCAGCCCCUGCUCCCAACUGACAGGCUCGGAUUGUUACGCGCUAAGCCUCGUGACUUGGAAGGUUGCCUACUGACGAGAUCACUCGGUCCUCGUGGGAAUAUUUUGGGUCGAUAAGGCAAUGGGAAAUUAUCAUUUACUCCAUCAAAUCACUUUUUGACCAGAUGUGGUUAUGUAGCCCCAUCUGAAGUAAACAAACUCCAGCCACCUGUAAUACGGAACCGGUGGUAAUCGGGGUUUUUACACGUGGGACGGGGAAACGCACAGGCGACGAGGUCAAGUAGUUGUAUGCAAAAGAAAACCUAUUGGGAAUGCACGGUUGUCCUUUGAGUGGUUGAGAAAUAGUUGCCCUAACCCCCAACUAUAACCCCUAACCUCAACCCCAACAGUAUUGUGUCCACCAGGUGGGGCUACAUAACCACAUCUUACCAUAUUUUGAACUGGCUGGACCUUUAAUGCAUAAAGUUUGGUUCACUGAAGAGCCAAAGACGCCAGAGCGGUGGAAAAUUUUACCUUCAGACAUCCAGAUGGUGUCUGUUCAUGCCGCUAAAAGUCGGAAUUUUUCAAUGUGGGAUGCCUGCCUCUGCUUGAAUAUGUGCUGGUAAAUGGGCCACUCGAUAGAUGCGUUGGAUCAACACGGGGGGCUAGACCAGAGUAUGGCCGACGUUAUUGCCAAUGCGCACCCCGACAAAUGCCAACAUUCGUAGUGUGAUGAUAGGCCCAGUCGCAGGUUCUCACCGCGCCUAUUUGAGUCUGAGCUGUCCCUCCAUAUUUUUUGUCUUUUAAAAUCCUGAUCAGGUGUUUGUUGUGGACCAAGGGGUGUGGGAGUACGCCUAGGUGCGGGUUCACACCGUGCCGGCCAUCUAAAGCCGCUCUCCCUUCCGGUCUUCUUGAAUUGAUCAUGACACCAGACCCAGGUGGGGGAGGAGGGAGUUCGGUAGGUGCUGCGCAUGUCACCGUCGUUGGCCUUGCCCUGCUGUGCAGAACACGGCGAAGGUAGUCGAAAUCGACGGUCGAAAUGUCGAGUAUAUUUAUACAGAAAUGAGCACACACACACACACCAGGCACUUUAUGAUGGCUUGGCGCACGUCACGGACCAUUUGGUUUUGUCAGCCACUGCCCCUCAACAGUUGACUGACAGGCUCGGACUGUUACGCGCUAAGCCUCGUGGCUUGGAAGGCUGCCUACUGACGAGAUCACUCGGUCCUCAUGGGAAUAAUUUGAACUAACUGAAGGACGCGGUCACCCCGCGGCGGUUCCUUACUGAGAUGCAUGGGAAAUUCAAAUCUCUCUUACGGAAGCCCCAGUGCGUGUACACUGCGGACCAGGUCGUGACACGUGUCCGCGAGGUGUUUAAAUCCGUUAAAACCCGAGCCGACCUUUGGUCGUCUCGACUUCUGUUUUGCCAACGGAGCUGGAUGAGCGAGGCAGGAGAGGGCGCGGUAGGCGCCGCUCCCGCUGGGCGUCACUGCUCGCGACGGUCGACCUGACCUGACAGGCACAGACGAGGGCCUGAUGAACCUGGACAACUAUUCUGCGGUUGAACCGUUUGUUUGAUUCUCUGCACGCCACCUUUUCAGCCUUCGAUGCCUUUACUGCAGGUCUGACUGGCUGAUGGAAACAGGGUCUGCCGCUCCACCCCGCCCUCCCCCCAUCCCACCGUAUUAUCUUAUAUCCGAAAAUAAGUGAAUCUGUGUUCUUCUGCUGGGAAAUUAAUUCUCCUUUGCUUUCUGCAGCCGCCAAUCCCCUGACCAUUUUGGCCAAACAGGCCUCUCUCGCCCUCAUACCGGUGAAUACGGGCUGCAGCCUCUACGCGCCCUCCGGCCGACCGGUUUCGCGAGAAAAGGACGAGAAAAUGGAGGAGGAGUUUAACCGCCUAUUGGCCACCGCUACCCACCUCUGUCACAGUCGCGGCCUUGACACCAACCUCACUGAUGGCACUUCUCUUUCUCUGGGUGGUGUCCUGGAAGACCUCAUCAGGUGGGACUUUGUUGUCACUUUAUUUUUUUCGACUGCCGUCCGUCCCCUUUGUCCCUCAUUUACAUUAUCACCUGAUCGGGAGUCCGGUUCUCGAUCUGGCUUGAUUGCAGGGUGCUAUACGCACCCCUCGCAUUGUCCUGUAGCCCCGCUCUAGAAUUCUCGCGGGUAGCUACGCACCGAAGAACAAUUACAGUCGAGGGGGAGGGAUAUUAAAAUGGCCAUUUCGGCCCUGUUUGCCAUCCUCAGUCCGUCGUCUGCAAGAAGCCAUGUCCCUCACCGACAUUAAAAUCGUGCUAGUUUUUCGUCAUCACUCCACUCACCGGCGGUGGGCGACUUCUUGGUCAUACUUUUGACUAGCGUAAACAUCUAACACCCCGGAGAAACCACGAGAUGACCUCAGGAAAAACAACGCUGAACAGAUUCGGUUCUCGACUUUCGUUUAAUUUCAGGAGGCCAGACAUGUGUAGUUCAGUCAGCGGGCUCGUGCAAGUUCGGCUGCCAAGCAAUCCCAGAGUUACCCCGCUUAACAGGUCUGCCUUUUACCAGUUUUGAUGCGACGGUCUGGUCUUUCGCCCUCAUCAGAGCAUCAGCAACGUCAUGCCUUGCCAGAAACACAUGGAGCGCGGUCCCCUUCUGUUGACGGGGAUCUCCUCCUCCCCCCCUCCCCCAGCGCUUACCAAGCCACCCUGAUAUCCGGAUUGAGCAUGGGUAUCUUUGACCUGGUUGAUGGAUCAUGUCAAGUGAGCCAGAAACGACCACGCCAACGCCUGUAGUCUUUUCUGUCAUACUUCUCGAUUACUAAUUACUCAUCACCAUGUGACCGUCUGCGUUGACCUUCAGUCCGAGCCAAACUCAAUAAUCCACAUCCUGUCCUGCAGUCAGGGUGGAUUGAUGAACACUAUUCCACGUGGCUCUGAGAAGUCGCAAUCGCGCUCGCCAGAACUCACGUUCGUAGUUCAAUGAUCAAAACCCUGGUCUUCCCAACCCACGAGAGAUGUGCAUUCCAGUCUCCUUGACUUGUCAGUGACCAAUCUCCUAAACAUCUUUAAUUUUAUUUAUACCUCCGAUGAUUUUUUUCAUCGCUGUUAUUUAGGUGAGUUAUUCGUAUCCGUUUAUACCUGUCCAAAGAAGUCCUCGGACGGUGUCCGUUUUUCAAGGCGGCACUUGUGGAUGACGUCGACUUUCUCUCGCAAUCUACUGUAGCAUGCAUUUUUUCCUGUGUGCGUCAUUACAAGGGGGAAGGGGGGCUUUUGAAAUUGAACCACCAUUUUCUUCUACUCUCUUAUAUGUACAUCUGUUGACCUAUUUAACUCUUCGUAUACUGAUUUUUCCCCUCUUUGUUUAUCUAAACUACAUCUAUGAGGUCAUUUGUACGCUACACUAGCACCGUUUUGAAGGAACUAACGUCUGACGCGAAUUUUGCAACCCAUUCACUGGCGAUUCUUCCUGAUGUCGACAACUGCAGUUUUCGGCCAUUAAAUAUCGUUUGUGAUCUUCUGGAGUUAUCAGUUUUACGUGCCCACUUUUAUCCACUGUGAAUGGAGGCCUUUGCUGAAAACUUGGAAUGCCACUUCCAAAAUAAAGCCUAUCUCUUCCUCUCCCUAGGUAUCAAGAAAAUCACAUUGUUCCGCUCAAAACCACCCACCGCAAGCUCGUUUCCAUUCUCUUGGAGAGGAAAGCGAAGACCCUCGGUCAGGUAGGUCGCCUUCGCUUUCUCUCUUAUUCAGGCGAUCUCGCGCACACUGCUAUUGCAUCGUCUCUCCCCUUCCGCGGGCGGUCAGCGAACGCCUGAGGCCGCGUGGUGACCACUCUAUUCUAGCCCAACCUGACUCACACCCCCUCGUGCGUGGCCCAGAAGCCAAACUCAAGUUGAGAAGCAAAACCAACGUUGUAAUACUUGUGUAAAGUCUGGAUCAGUUAGAGGAGAGACACAUGCUUUAUACUGAGACGUGUAGUAGAAGAGGGGAGGGGGGAGGCACUUGAAGUCGCAUCAGUUCUUCUGCCCAGACACAUUUCAAGGAGUCUUGUCAUUGGGACACAAUUGGUGUGGUACUUGACUGAGUUGCCAACUGCCGAUACCGGGUUUUAUUCCUUCUCCUCUGUCAACUUCGUUCACGCCUGAUUCCUUUAAGGUGGCACAGAAGGCGCGGGUUUGACUUCCUUUGUGUGAACUCUGGCUGAUCGCACUCACGUGGGCAGAGGCCUUGAGGAGGAGCGUUUGAAUGCAGCUAAUCAGCAGUCCAUUAGUCCCGUGGGUUCAUUCUCCUCUGGUCUUCCUGCAGAAGCAGUAAUUCGCGGAAGAAGGUGUUACGGUGAGGUAGAAGUACUUACCGACACAAAACAAGGACAAGAUUAGAAUGUUCGUUUCAUCAGUCAUUAGUCAGUGCUGCACCAACCUGCGGCCUCUCACAUGAGACUCUAGUCCCGAGAGUGACUGAUGACAGCUAGGAAGCCUGAAACGGCCACUCCAGUGUUGCUGUCCUCGUCGACAAAGACUUCCAAGUUACCGAUUGAUAGCCACCAUGCGAUCGCCUGCCUGGAUAGCUUUGGGCUCACAGCUCCAAGACAAAGUAGGAACGCCCAUUUCUAUCCAGCAAUCACGGUAGGCCAGUGUACGCCACUCGUGCGACUAAAUGCUCCCGAUCUCGGUCGACAUGACGCGACCCCGCUAGUACAGAGGCGAGGGAUUUGCUCGAUGAUCAAUCACUCGGCGCGGAGUUGAAAUCUCUCGUGUGUGCAGUCCAAUAUUUGGGUAUCCCUGACUAAUAACACUGAUCAAGCCAGAAACUGCCACUCCAGUCUCAAUUAUCGAUCGGCAGUCCCCAUGCAACCAAUUUCGUGGAUUGCAGGCUCAAGGCAAGGCGGGAAUGCACAUUUUAUUUCGCAAUCAGGAUAGCUUGGUUCAGGCUGCUGUCAUGUGAUUAAAUGCUACAGUUUCUCCACCGUUGCAAUCCCAAUAAUGACCGCUCUACGUGGAUGAUGCAUUUGUUGUCGUUAAGAAGAUUAACCGCAGACGGCACUUCUCCUCGGCAAUUUCGACUCCGUCUUUUUUGAAGUUGAGUUGCUAUCCUGAACCUGCGUUUAUAUGAAGCUCCCAUUGGCAGAUAUUUGUGCACAACUAAUGACGGGUAAACCGUUAUACAUGUCAGUUUCCUCCCACUUAUCAUUGACGCACCUUCCUUAAAACCCUACUAGACUGAGCUACAACCCAUCACACUGAUGACAGAACUUGUCGAGCGUGAUGUCGCAGAAUCUCAAAACGGGAGGGUAAUUCCAACCACUCAAGUCCGCCACCCGAUGAAACCUUCCCCCGCAUCAGGAAUGCGUCUGGAGUUGUUUAUGGGCAAUUGUGGAAACGGUUACAUCAGUUGCACACGGACCGGCACCUGCGUUACGCACUAAACCUCUUCACCCUAGGCACAGUGCUGGUUCUUUGUAUAAGAAGAGGGUUAUGUAUAGCCUGCCUGACAUGCAAAUGAUAGAGGCGGCCACAAAAAUAAUCCCGCCGCAGUCCAAACGCACGAUUACCAACGAGUCGUAAGAAGAAGAUGCCGCCCAGAUCUGAAUGAUUCGGUAAUUUUUGCGAGGCAGCACACUCGGAUGAUUCCUACGUCAACAGACGCAGCGCUCUAGACGCAACUUUUAAAAUUUGCAUGAAAUGGUAGUGUACACCGCCACCGAUCGCAGCCGGAUACUGGUGCAAAUGCCAGCCAAUGAUAUCGUCCUUUGUUAGGCGCGGGUUUUAGUGCCAACUAUUUUUGUCGCGUAAUAUCAUUGUUGCUACUGUGCAGAAUAGCCUUUGUGAUCUGUUUUAAAAAAAUUCUACUAUACGUAGAUAUUUAUGCAGGAUGGAGUACCAAAAAAGACAAGUGCAACUGGAAUAGCCAUUUCAGCUUGUUCCGUAACCUGAUCGGUGUACGACCCUUCUGUAGGCGGAUAGGUAUGUAUCAGAGAGGAAGCUAAGCUCUGGGCAGAAAAAGAAAAUGGACAAAAUCGAGUGCAGUCUAGCUCCUUCUGACUGACUUUUGGUUGGACUUUCUAGCGAAAUAUUUGCCGGUGUUGCCUAGACAAAUGGUGACGAACAACUCCGUAGGUUGACGGUAGUCCGACUUGACGAUUCAUUGAGCGGCGUGUGAAAUUAUCUCUCGCCCAAGCACUUGUACGCCCUCGAAGGUCCCUCACGAACCUGUGUUCGUACACCCCCUUGCAUUGUGGCCAACAAACGUCCACCCAGGUCACUGAGGGAGAACCGUAAACGAAUCAUAAGCUGUGCUUUUUCGCAGACAUUAAGAGUGUAAGGAGCAAGCAAGUCUGAAAUCGAUAUGCAUAAGUUAGUGCUCAUUUAAUGUUGCUGCCAUGUGACGUAAUGUUCUUCAUCCCAGUACGUGACUAGAGGAUAGAACGUUUUGCGGUAGUUUCGACAACUAACACGGUCCGCGUUCGAGUCGUGGACCUUUACGGUCGCUGAAGGUGGCAAGUAAGCCAGAAGUAGCAAAUCCUGUCUUCUCUACGCCAGGGCUCUAGAACCGCAGCUCCGGAGAAAAUCGGCAUUAUGCGUCCUCUGUCCUGCAAUCAGGAUGGCGCAGGAAACAUCAUCCGCAUGAGACUGACUCGUUUCUCAGAAAUGCAGCAGCCGAUGGGCCGAAAAGGUUGCGGAAAAUGACUUUUCUCCCACCAGUGACCUACAGCUUUGUUUUAGUGCCCGGGAAACACGUACCUCUCAAGGUUCCGUGGUUUUAGGGGGCCAGUAAUUGGCAACUGUCAACUUUUAAUCCCUUCUGAAUUACGAGCAUCAUUUUUUUCCUUUGUUCCUAGUUUUUUUCAUGCAUCAUCGGUUGGUUAAGGAGCUCGGACAGUCGACGGAUGCGCGGCAAAUCACUAUCCCUGUCACCGUAGUAAAUCUGACGAGACUGAAUCAGUUGAGACGUUCUCGGUGUCGUGUUUUGUAAGGUCACCAUCUGACGAGACAACUCGGUCCUCAUGGGGGAGUGUUUUAGAAUCAUUGGAGAACUGAGAGCCAGGCUGCGGUAGCUCCUUCUCGCUAUGGCCUUUAUGGCAUUUCCGCGUCUGUAAGAUCCGAGCCGACCCGGCACAGCUUUGUCGGUCACUGCGCCCACGCCCACCUCCGGUCCUCGUGACAUUUUCGCACCACUGACGCAAUUUAAGUGAGGAAAAAGAGAGCGAGAGAGAGAUGGCGGUGGCGGAUGCUGUGCACGCGGCGGACCUCGUCGCUUGCGACUGCUGAGUGUUUUUAGGAGUCGGCAGUUUGUUACUGUCAACUUUUCAUGUACAUAUAUAUAUAUCCUGAACUACAGGCCCCAGUCCUUUUUCCUUUAUUCCUGUUGGUAGUGGAUAGCUACAAGGAGGACUGCAUCGCAUAAAACCUUGACUCGAUGUGGCUUACUGAACACUGAAUCUUAUGUUUUUGCCAAAGCCGGUAUUGUGUCCACCUCGAACAGAAUGUUGCAUGGCUUGUCUGCUUCUUGCUGACUUCUUUUCCCUUUUUGCUAUUUUGGUUGCUUAUUACCACCGAGAUGGAUACGGUGAGAGUAGAUUGCCCUUCUGGAAGGUUAUUGCUAAUAACUAGUAAGCAUGCAACGUAGUCUGGUGUCGAGUUGGGUUUUCGGUGGAAAGCUUUUCAGCCGCCUGCGGCAGUGUUCGACUGUUCGUUCGUCGCGAACGACAACGUUCGCCGUCUGCCCCACGAAGUGGUGGGCGCAGGACAGUGACUUAUUCCAUACUGAGUCCGACUUGCGAAGUAUCUAUCGCACUCCACCUUCUAUCCACCUGGCUAGGUGGCAAGACAGUCUCAGGACGAUCGGAGGUAGACCCGAGCGCAGUGGCUGACCAGCCUAAGCAGCCCGUCUACGCGUGCCACUCUCGACCUGGGAGCCGCUGGGUUGGAAUCAGUCUCGAGAACGACCGGGCUACCUCGUCAGUUUGCAGCCUUAAAAGCCAGGUCUCGGAGCGCGUUGUGUUAGACCCAAGCGCGCCACGUUUAUUAUAGUGAGGUAUUUGCUCAUGUACGUUGGUGGUGGUUUCCUCAGUGUCGACCUCUCUCCCUCCCCCCUGCCCGAGCCUGUCAACAUUUUGGCGUGAAACCUACGCCUAGGCGUGUCAUCACAUUUCACAUUGCUUUCGGCAGAUUACCUAAAGUAAUUUAUGUUUCCCGAUAAGGAUAAAGAAGGAACACAUUGUUUGUAGUCGGUUCGGCGCGUGUUUUGAAGCAAGACCUUCAGAAAGUUUAACCCUAAGUUCUCUCCGAAAUUUCGUAGGCAUACUUCCCCGUCUGACAAUAGAAGAAAACAAUUACUUCUAAUCUCAUCAAGGAAAAAUAUGAUUUACUCCACAGAAGCGUCUAAAAACAGCGAAACCGACACAUACUACUCAAGUAUUGAUUUAUUUGUAACCGAUUCCCCAGUUCACUUAGUGUAUAGAGUUUUUCCGCACUUCCGGCUCUCUUCCUUUUCCCCCAUUUCCCCAUCAGGGGAUCGUUUCUAACUAACAAAAUUUUAAAAACAUUUCACCCACUGCCUUGACUGGAAAACUCCGAACCAUUGUGCGCGACUCGACUUGGACAUGUCAUUGGUUUCUCACGGGUUUCGGUUGCCCCCUCCUACUGUUAUCUUAUGUCGCCUGCAACUGGCGCGAGCUCUGAGUACGCAGACGUGCGUGUUAGGUGUAGACGGAGACGUUAUGUCUCUGACCUUUCCCCUUGUCGUUCGAACGCGACGGGCCCCUGGGGCUGCCCCACUGGAGUCCACUGCUGCCUCCGCAGGAGGGCGACGCCUUGUUCGCAACUGACCAAUCACAUCACCCGAACGUGCGGGCAAGGCUCGCUUUCAAUACUGCACUGUCACCCCCUGGUGGAUGAGCUCUUUCCCCUUUUUGUUUAGCCAACAGCAAGAUGGUCUUGCGUUCUAAAUCAGAGUCGCGAUAGGGAGAAGCUGCUAUAUGUCCACUCACUACUGCGGCAAUAAAAACUACUACUAACAUGUCUAUUAGUACCAUCAUUAUUGCCCCCACUGCUACUCCGGCAUUGCUGUCAUACUAUAACAACUUCUAGUACUAGUAAUGCUGUCGUAUUUACUACAACUGCUGGAAAUUUUGCUGCCAUCACCGCUAAUAUCACUGUUAUUGUCAGUAUUUCUGCCACCAAGGAUGCGUCUGCAUUAACUAUUAUCACUGGUGCUGCCGCUGCUGCUGCUGCCACCACCACCACCACCACCACUACUACUACUACUACUACUACUACUACUACUACUACUACUACUACUACUACUACUACUACUACUACUACUACUACUACUACUACUACUAGUACUACUACUGAUACUACUGCUGCCACUACUGCUACUACUACCACUACUGUUACUACUACUAAUACCACUAAUGCUACUACUACUACUACUACUACUACUACCACUACUACUGCUACUACCACUACCACUUCUGCUACUAUCACUACUGCUACUACUACCACUACUACCGCCACUACUACUACUAUUGCUUCUGGUGUCUCUUCUGCCUAUAUUAUUACUGCUGGUACCAAAACCCGACCUCUAUUAUGGCCAAGUAAUGUCGAAUAUAAUGUUUUACCAUCACCAACUCUGCCAGUAACAUCAUAAAUAAUAGCGCUACUGCGACUGCUAAUGGUACGCCUGGUAAUGCCAUCACCUCUGUCGCAAACAGCACCGCCAUUUACCGUUUUUCACUGCCAUCAUGGCCUAAAGAGCGUGUAUCCUGUCCGGUCAGUUCUCCGUCUAGAUUGACUGAGUUGACUUUACUAGUUCUCCUCGACAUCUGCCCAUCUUACCCUGCCUCCCCCGCCCUUUGAAGAUGGCGUCAGCCCGCGAUGUGAUUGAAAAGGCCUUUCAGAAGUGGCAACAGGCCACCCAACUUGCGAAGCAGGCUUCCGAGCCCACAUCUGUCGGACAGCAGCCGCAGCAGCAAAAGCCGGAGGCACCGCAACAGCAGCAGCCUCCCGAUGCGGGCAGUCCGAUGCCGGGUGCCCGACGCAGAAAACAGCAGCAGCAGGCGGACGAGACCUCGCCUGCCUCCUCGGCUUCCACAUCUCCGAGCAAGGCGAGAUCAGCUGCGUUGGCGACAGCGGGAUCAACUACAGGCCCAAACACCGAGGGCUUGAGCCCGUCACAGGCGAGUGGUAGACGGGGAGAGAAGCGAGCCGCCGUGGCAGCGAAAGAGGGGAAGGCGGACGAAGGCGCUCUGCCGUCGCCAGCUAAACAACCGGCUCUCGGCAGGAGGAGCGGUCCUCAGAAAAGGAAGAAGAAUGACUCGGAGAAUGUGUAAGCCAUUUCCUCUGCUCUCCCCGCUCCCCUCCCCCCUCAACUGCCCAACUUAGACUCGAUGGACCUGUUAUUCCACCGGAUCAGUAAGAAACUUGACGUAAAGCCUCCGAUGGUCCCAGGUCACUAGAGACUGUGAUCAAAUCCGUCAUCCGAGUAGCAGGAUGCAUUUGUCAGCCAAAACCCCUUGUGGAUCUCUUUAGUUUGUCUUUUCUGACUACCGGAUCAGGUUUUCUAUAUCCUUCGUCAUUCUGUUCACGAGUUCGAUUCAGCGGUUCUCGAUACCAUACAGUCUCUCAGUUGACUUCACAUGACCCAUCCAUACCCCCUAGUUCAUUCAUGGGACCUUGAUCAGACUCACCACUCAACCCCGUGACACCUACAGGGGCACUCAACGUUGUUGCAUCAAAACGGGAGCCGCAGUGGCUCAUGCCAGGCGUUUGUUGGGCUGCGUUGAGUCCGUGCGAGGCCUUGACCAAACGGUCGACUGGUGUAUGGUAGAGCAAAGAUAGGGUGAGACCAAUAGUUGUCAGCAAUCCACCCUAAUGACAAAUCAACAAAUUCCCCACUAUAAUGAACCUGAUGAGUUUAAACCUACCAUGAAACGUUAUCAGUCGUGACCUGGAAAGCCGGCAACUGACUGGAUAACAGGGCGUGUCGAUGAGUGACUAGAGGAGGAAGAGUCGAGCUACGAUUUCCCUCGCCUAUGUGAGAUCUCCACCACCACCACCACCACCACCACCACCACCACCACCACCACCACCACCACCCCCACCACCACCACCACCACCUUUAUCUUGCCUUCUGAGCCUGGUAGCUUGGGAAAGAGGAGAUUCGGUGGAUGUCACCGUCACCUCUUACUGUGACAGUAGAGAAUGUCAGAUGACGAGGCACUAAUGAACUUCGGUCCGAUGGAGGGCUUUUGCUUCAUUCAGCUGCCUUGCGUACACGCCCACGAAUGCUUACUCUUCUGGUUGUAACUGGUAGCCUUCGGUCUGCCUGGCUGAAUGAAGACAAAAUAAGCCCGAAACAGUGCAGUCUCGACCUAUCCACACCUCUGUCGAUAACCUCCCCUCACCUCUGACUAUGUCCAUUGGGUUGCAUGCAGUAUCGGACACAAGUAGCAACGCGAACCAAAGUGACUGUUGAGGGCAGAGAACAAGGUGUCCAGAGGUUCAAUCACAAAAUGCCUGCUUUGAACGCUCGCCAAACUCUGGGUCUCAGUUCAAGAUCAUCUGUAGCUUAAAGGCAGCCCGUUCUCCCACGUUAUCGGGGAACUGCAGUGGCAAGGAGAGAGUGAAGCCAGGGUUAUGCGCGCGACCUAGCCACAUGAUCCGUCUCCAACCACCCUGGGAGCCGGCCCCUGCCAAACACCCCUCCCUACCUCCUCCCCUCCCUCCACGAACUUCAGUCUUGUUUAUCAGUCAUCAUGUUUGACUUGUUCUAGCCUUUCAAGUUUUUAGGUUCAUUUAAACUUUCAUCUACUCUACCGUGCAUUUUAUCGUUGCUCGUGCAGUCUUUUUUUCUAGCCUGCUCACACAGCAACGCGCCGGGAUGCAUAAAAAUGCAAAAACCGUUUUUUGUUCAGUUUACUACAAGGUCCGGAAAUUGUGGAGGGAUUAGGAGAUACCGCUACCCUUCUAGAAAAUAACAUUGGACUUUUUCAAUUAUCAUAAAUCGAUCAGGCAACACACCCUUUUUACGAGUUUACUUUACGCAGCGGGUUGGAAGGCUCUCAACAGAAAGCUAGCAUUGCACACUAGGCAGCAUUGAGAACCAUUCACUGAGCAUAUACGCAAGUGCAACAGCAGAUUGGGCUCGAGAUUAUUUGAGAACUCAAGGACCUUCUAAAAAACGAAAGAGUAUAAAAUUUGAAGAACACGCGGCAUUUCUACCAAAUGAGUGCUAAGAAUGGUCCUUUUGUGCAUGUUUCGUGUAAAAUGUAUUUGAAUUUAUGAGGGCAUCAAGCAUUAGUGAACAAAACUCAUGCUGCUUAGGUAGUCAUUUUUUUACCCAAUAAGGUUUUCGCAGGCUGCCAGGCGAGGCGCAUUUAAAAGUCGACAUUUUAGCGUGACCGAAAAAAAUCAAGGGAUUAUGCUUCACGAUAAUCAAUACAACAACCCCACGUAAGGAACCCUUCCUAAUUGAGAACUCGUGUCAGGAUUCCGGUUAACAUUUUAUGAGAUUGGCCACCUACCGUACGUGAGCAGUCAUUGUCAGGAGCCUCUCGCACAGCGGUCUGAUGGUGUCAUUCUCUGCACGUGAACGCUUUAGUUUCCCCCCCCCCCCGCUGUUAUCAUCUUGUUGCGUCUUUCUUGAAGCCCUUUCGUGCUGCUUCGACGCCAAGGUAACAUCGGUUGUUUAGAUUCUGAUUGCCUUCACAUCAGAAGACAACUCAAACUGCAUUUACUCGUUGCGUUUUAGAUCCCCGAUCACUUCGCCGCCCCGAUCCACGGAAGCAAAGAACUCACUACAGGAGACGAUGACAAAGAUCCCUCGGGUCUUCGACUUGGAUAUGGAGUACGAGAAGCGACGCCUCCUAUCUGAACUCCACCAAGCCUGGAAGGAGUUCGAUCCUCUGCAGAGUAAUCUUGCAAGAAUAAAUCAACAACUUGAGGUCCUUGCACAAAACCCACCAAGGUCAGUGCGGGCAUCCCUUCUGUGCCUUUCACUUCAUGAUUUAUUCCUCUCGGCCACUUUACGGACACCUUUUAAACCUUCUAGGGAUGUAUAUCUCACCCCCUCAGAGCGUCAUCUCAUUGACUGGCACUUUGCAAACUUGGAAUUUGCCAACGCGACCGAGUUGAAGAACCUAUCGCUUCGGCAUUGGGAUCAGGACGAUGCCUUUGAGCUGACUGGUGCACACUGCGCCAUCCGCGGUUGUUUCGGUGGCAUUGUUGACGCCUUGGUUACGACUGCUAGUUCGGUUUCUACUUCCUCACCCUCUACACCUUCUAGCAGCAUUACUAACGGCGAGAGACCUGCGCUUAAAGUUGACACUACCACUCUUGUUCCUUCGGGUAGCAGCGCCUGCGGCCAGAUUGAGCUCAAGUCAUGUGUCAAGUCGAUUACCAUUGCAGAAAAUGGUAAGCGCUACUUUAAUAGCAUUAGUAGAUGUUAUGUUUUGAAAUUGAUCAAAAAUCACGUCUUUCCGCCCUAGGUGUCACUGUGGAUAGUUUGAAUGCUGCUUUCAGUCCGGAUGAACCGAUUAGCUAUAAGGCAGCAGCAGUGAUUUGCACUUUUCCGCUGGGCGUUCUUAAGGAAUCAGCACGUCGACAGAGAGAGGCCGCCACAAAAACUCCAGCCAAACAACAGCAAAGCAGUUCACUCUGCGCCAACGCCCCUCUUUUCGACCCGCUCCUGCCUGAGUGGAAAUUGGCUGCAAUAGAACGUCUGGGUUUUGGAUGCCUCAACAAGGUGGUCCUCUUCUUCGACCGCUUUUUCUGGGACAAAUCACAGCGAUCCUUUGGCUGUGUCAAUGACUGCACGGAAAAACGUGGUGAACUCUUCCUCUUCUGGUCGGUCACCGAGAGACCCUGCCUGGUUGCCCUGGUUGCGGGUCGCUCUGCGCUCGACCUGGAACAGGCUGCACCGGGAUCGUCAGGUGAGGCAGGAUCCGCGUCGGCCAAUGGAAAGACGUCACGUGGCGGUUCCACUCUGUCGACCCCUGUGACGGCCACGGCCACUGCCGGAGGCCCCAGCAGUCACCUCAAGGAGCCCAUCGUGGCCGUGGCGAUGGCUAAAUUACGAAAGAUUUUUAAGCGCGACGUCACUGGAGACUCGGACUCGGGAAAAGGCGUGCCCGAUGUAAGUAGUCUGUCAUUUUUCUUUGGAUGCGCCACCUCGAAAUCGUCCUAUUAAUGUGUUUGUGCGCUUCGUCACUCAGCUGGUGAUGCUGGCUGUUGUUGUUGUUGUUUUCCGUGCUGAUUGAUAUCACUCCCUUUUUUUCUAAACAGCCAAUUGAUGCCUACGUGACCCGCUGGCAGUCGGACGUGAACUCGCGUGGUUCCUACUCCUACGUCGCAGUGGGCGCCACAGGUGAGGACUACGACCUCCUAGCGGAACCUCUGAGUCUGGCGGACACAGGCGAAACCGCAGGACAGGAGACGCCCGAGCCCCGGAACCUCUUCUUCCAUCCAACACCCACGUCGACGGCGGCGGCGGCGGUGACGACAAUCCCAGGGACCUCUGCUGCCAACUGUCCUCGUAUCUUCUUUGCCGGCGAGCACACCUGCCGUCAUUACCCAGCCUCAGUGCACGGCGCUCUACUUUCGGGCCUUCGUGAGGCCGCCCGCAUUGCUAACGCCUUCUUCCCCGGUGAGACACCGGUCACCAACUCGGGUUUCAUCCUCAACCCACCCGCCUCCGCUGUUGUCUCAACCGGGGCCGACGAGACCAGCGCUUAA